AUGCCUCCCGUCCGCGAGCUGGACCUCCUGCACAAGGUCGCCGUCAUCAGCGGCGCCUCGCGCGGCAUCGGGCGCGCCAUUGCCUAUCACCUCGCCUCGCGCGGCUGCUCCAUCCUCGGGACCUGCUCUGGCCAUGCAGGCGUCGACGCGCUCUCGACCGGCCUGAGCGAGGAGGUCUCGAGGCGUGUCUUUGCAGCGACCGCGCGGGAGCGCCCAGAGAGCCUCCAGAUCAAGGGCCUCGUGGCAGACAUUUUCUCCGACGACUGCGCCAGCGUUAUUGCCGACGAGCUCAGCAACGCGUUCAACGGCCGGGUGGACAUUUUCGUCAACUCGGCCUGCGACCCGAUGCCAGGCGUCAUCGGCGCCAUGGGCCCGGACGAGGUGCGGCACAGCCUCCUGGGCAACAUCCAGACGCCCGUCAUGAUCGUGGAGGAGCUUGUCCGCCGACGCCUCUUCCAGCCGGACAGCCGCAUCAUCUACGUCUCGUCCAUCCGGUCCCGCCAGCCCUGGAGCGACCAGCUCAUGUACGCGGCCGGCAAGUCGGCCGGCGAGUCGCUAUGCCGCACGUGGGCACAGGCCUUUGGCGGCAAGGAUGACAGGUACGCCUUUAUGGCCGGCACCACGGCCAACGCCGUCACGGCUGGGCUCACUGAGACCGAGGCCGUCGUCAACUGCGGGCCCGAGGCCGUCCAGCGCUUCCAGGACGAGUUCUUCCCGUCACAGAGCAUCCCGCGCUUCGGACAGCCCGAGGACGUGGCCGAUGUCGUCGGCCUGCUGUGUGGCCACGACGCAAGGUGGAUCACGGGCUGCGUCGUCAGCGCCAGUGGCGGUGGGAUCAAGAUUGGGUGA